GAGGUUGAUGGAGUGUCGGAAGCUGGAAAGUGAGACCGCGCGGAUCAAUUUUUCGACGGGGAGACCAAACCCGACCAAACCAAAUGGGCCAACCCUCCCGUCACCUCCGCAGAGCAAUGGAUGCUUGUGUUUAAGCUCCCCAUCAUUCUUAAUGAGCAUUCGAGUUUAGCGCACAUCUCAUCCUUGUUAUACUUUAAUUUCUGAAUUUACUUACACUCCAUGUUAUACUUUGGAGCUGCACCUAUAAUGAUUGCGCACAUCAACUAAACAAUCAAACUGCCGCAAUGUCGCUGACUAUUACCUCGGAGGGCAUAGGCCAUGAUGAUGCUGGUAAUCGUCGCGAGAGAUCUUGGCUGUUCCCAUCGGUAAUUUCAUCCUACAGUAGAAUAUCUGCCAAUUGGUCUGGGGGUAAGCUGAUAGGC